AUUUGGGUACACUUAAAUCAUCAUAGAAGAAUAAGUAUGCUCAUAAGUGUUUUCCUCGAAAAUUGCAAGAAUGGAAAACAUAGUAUCUUGUAGUUUUCAAAUUGGGACACUGGGAUCUACUCGAGAGUAGCAAGCGAAAGACUAAUAGCCAGUUCGAAGCCGCAUGUACUAUUACUAAAAGUUCAACCUUUGCAAGAGAGUUCACACGGGCGGAUAGCAACCAACAUCAGAUGUUGUGAGUCAAUGUGAACUAACACGAACAGGGUAAGAGAUUGAAUCUACCAAUUUUCUAAAAUUCUAUGACUCUUCUCGAACAUCAAACACAUUAAUAUGCAAUUUCGAUACUCUAUAUGCCAUUAUCAUGUCAACCUUAUUGUGCAUUGUUUACAUCGUCGAUUAACAAUGUUCCAGUUCAAGAAUUUUGUACAUAACUAGUUACUACAGCAACCCUCAGCCAUAAAUCACCAGCUCAAUCCUAACCAUAACUAUCCACUGGAUAUGCAUAAUCCAUAAGCCAUUUCCUCCAUUUCCUCCAUCACCAUUAGAGUCAUUGAAAAGGGUGGUUUCAACUCUCAGUGCUCAAAAUCCCACAGUAUUCCCACUAGACAGGGCACCACAUUGAGCUUGGGAAAUAAGGCAUGGAUAUCAUUCCCAGAAGAUAUCUUUCUCUCCCUGCAGAUUCCCACAUCUGCCUUAUCUCUCUGCCUCCAUCAAGUUCCAAGGCUUUUUAUUGCAAGUUGCAGCAAUAUAUCUAGACCAGCCAUCACCAUGUUUUGGGCAAAGGAAGGAUAGGGACAAAGGAAAUGUGGCAUCUAUACAUUCAUGGAAAGCACCUUCUAUUGGUCAUCUUUAUUUAUUGGGUUGAUCAUGCGUGACAUAAUGAAUCACAAUAGAUGGGGAAAUUAAAGCUGGCUUGCUUGUGGCUUUUUUUUCCAGUUUUGGCGUUUAUGUUUUCUGCCUUCUCUGUCUCCAAGAUAGGGAUGGCACUUUUACGGUUUUACCUUACUUGCUCACAAGAAAUGGGUUGCUCUAAUGCUCUCAACUCGAAACGGUUCGGACUUUCUCGACAUCAAAUAGCUUGGGACAUGUCUUAUGUUUAGAACGAGAGCCCUUGAAUCUCGAACGAGAGCCCCCGAUACACUGCCUGGCACCGCAUAGUUUUAACUUACAACUUACCUGCGGUACUUUAUAGCUUUACAUUAUUACUGAGAGAGUUGUACAACAACACACAUCUAGCGCAUUAGCCUCUCCAAUCUAACUAGGAUAAAUCGAAACCUUUUUUCACAAUAAAAAAUCAAAACUACGAUAAACUCCAAUCAUCAUAUUCGUCGACUAAAAUCAGAGUAGGAUAUGAUUUUCAGUAAUUAGCACGAUUACACUCACAAUUUGAGAUGUAUCCUUCUUCUUAAACCCGCAGGAGCUAUUGGAUCGAGUAGUAGCUCGAUCACGUCCUUCUAUUGGGCUUGCAUAAAGGCCCAGACUCUGGAGCCCAGGUUGGAAAAAAUAAACAGAGAAAGGGAGACAAAACGAUGAAAACUCGCACUCUAUCCUCUUGAGAGAAAAAAAAAAAUCCCCCUUCAGUUAUCUCCAUUCUCCAUCUCUCUAUCGCUGCCGGGAAAAUCAGAAAUGGCGUCGACGAGUGCGGUGUCAGCUCAGUUGUCAAACGUUAAGGGACUCUGCGAUUGGAGAAGGGCAUCCUCCAUUCCCGCAGGUAACUUCAGUGCAAGUUCACUUGGUAAGCUGGCUGUAUCAUGGCCAAGCACACAAAGAUCUCGGGUUAGUCAUCGAUCUCUCCGAGUACAAGGUCUAUUUGGAGGAAAGAAGGAUGGUGAUAAGGGCGAUGAUGGAGCUUCAAAGGCAGGCAUCCUGGGGAACAUGGCAAACUUGUACGAGACAGUGAAGAAGGCACAGAUGGUUGUCCAAGUUGAGGCUGUUCGUGUGCAAAAGGAACUUGCUGCUGCAGAAUUUGAUGGUUACUGUGAAGGCGAGCUAAUCAAGGUAACAUUAUCGGGGAACCAACAGCCAAUACGCACAGAGAUCACUGAAGCCGCCAUGGAAUUAGGCGCAGAGAAACUCUCACUUUUAGUCACGGAGGCAUACAAGGAAGCACACCAGAAGAGCGUCUUGGCCAUGAAAGAGCGAAUGAGCGAUCUUGCCCAAAGCUUAGGGAUGCCUCCAGGUCUUGGUGACGGACUAAAGUAAAAAGGUGGCACUUUGAUCUCCUGCAAUGAUAAGUUUUCUCCUAUGGAUCCCUUUUAGAGAUUGAUUUGUAUGAUGGAUAGAGGUUUACGAUCUUAUUCGCCUGAAUGAUGUUUACGUUAUUGAAUCAGAGUAAUUAGUGAAUCUGAGAUUCGGUGUUUAUCUCCUCCCUAAUUGUUGCUAUAGAUAAGAAAUAUUCCAAGGUGGUAUAGUUUUCAUUCAUCAGAACUGCUGCCAUAUUCAUAUCUGCAGCUGUUUCAGCCUUUCAGGUUGUUUAUCUGUAUUAAGAACUAUCUCCUAGCCUUCAUCUUUGACAACGAGUAGGAGAAGGUAAAUUACAGAAAGUGGUCAGUAUGCUUUGGCAAUUGGCAUAAAUAUCAAAUCAGCCA